AUGGCAUCAAGGCUGCAAAACAGAGUGGCAUUGCGUCGAAAGCUUCAUAUUCUGAAGAGACUUACCAACUCCAAAUCUGUGAAAAGGAGCUCUAUCAUCCUAGACGCUUUUCUCUAUAUCUACAAAUUGAAACUCAAAGUGGAGGCAAUCAAAAGAGAAUACUUACGCCUAAUGAAGCAUAUGCAGGAGGUGAAAGUAGAGAAGCUAGGGGAAGGAUUUCUUGUAAAGGUGACCAGCAAAAAAGGGGAAGAUGUGCUCGUUUCGAUCUUAGAGGCUUUCGAUGAAAUGGGACUUAAUGUGCUUCAAGCUAGAGUUUCAUGCAACUAUUUCUUUGGCAUGGAAGCCAUUGUUGGACCUCAACACCAAGGUAUUGAUGCCAGAGAUGUUACUCAAGCUCUUGUCAAAGCCAUUGAAAAGGGAGAUGGAGUUGGGACACACAAGAGCAUAGGGCUUCCUGUAGUGACCAACUCAAAGUAA